UCACAACAUCGGCGUUGCUCGCGUUUCCACCCGUCCUCCCACUUCAGGAGAUGGCAAUAGCCGGGAAGGCAGCGGUCUAUCAGAGCGACGAUCUGCGCCUUGGCCGUCGACAGAUACGGCUGCUCUCCAUCUCGACCAGUCCGUCGCCGAGCAACGACAUUCCCAUCGCAUGCAGCCUUGAUGUCGUGGAUUUAGACUGCAUAUCAGAAUUCUACGCGCUGUCAUACACUUGGGGCGCGCCGACCGAAUAUGGCCCACUCAGCACACUGAGCAGCCGUUCGGACUGUCCCAUCCUCUGCAACGGCCAGGUGCUAUGUGUAACCGCAAACCUCCACAGCUUCCUCCUCCGGGCCCGCCAGUUGCCUGGCCUCGCCCUUCGAAAGUUCUGGAUAGAUGCCGUAUGCGUCAACCAGCGGGACAAGAGAGAGCGAAGCGAGCAGGUCAUGCUCAUGGCGGACAUUUACCGCACAGCCACUGUGGUCGUCUCCUGGCUUGGCGAACAGGACCGUCAUACCGAGCCGGGGUUUACAUUGCUCGCGGAGCUCAAAGAGGUCUCGGACUACGCGCCGCAUCUUCUUAACUAUCUCUCCAAGCUAUCGCCCGACUCCCAUGAGUAUGGCGACGACGAGCGGAUGGCACUCUUCUCUUGCCGGCAGUUGUGGGUCUCUGUUGCCCACGUUUUCCAGCGGACCUACUUCUCCCGAGCCUGGAUCAUCCAAGAAGUGGUACUGUCAAGGACUGUCAAGGUCCUCUGCGGGUUGUACGAGCUCGACUGGUCCGUCAUUGCCGAGGCAUCUCACUUCUUCUCGACCUCGGGUUGGGCGCGACAUCUCACCUCCCUCUUCAUCGAGUCUGCCAAGCAGGCGCUUCCAUGGCAGCAACUCAGCCCCGACGAGCACGCAAACCUUAGAUUCCGCUACCAGUCCCCGACAACGCUCCGGUCGACGGCCAAGGAAUACAAGAAGAGGAAGCAGCAGGGAUAUCAGCACCAAAACCGCGCCGAUUGGGCCAGGACCCUCGUCUGCAACCUCAUCCGGGCUCGCAGCUUCAAGGCCACGGACCCGCGCGACAAGGUGUACGCCUUGCUCGGCCUCGUCCACGAAUACGCGCACGACAAGCCCGGCCUGGCCCCGGCGUACGAGCUCUCCGGGGCGCAGGCCCCGGCUGCCGCCUUCACCCGAGCCGCCAUCCAGAUCCUUGAGGACGGCGACGGCGACCUCCUGCUCCUGUCGUGCGUCGAGGGCGAAAAGUACCAGCAACAAGCCACGGGGCGUCUCCCCUCGUGGGUGCCCGACUGGUCGGCUGAGGCGCCCACGGGCUUGCGCGUGACCGGUUACGGCCGGUACUCGGCCUCGGGCGGCCUGAAGCAGCGCCCGAUCGUGGAGCGCGAGAGCCUUACCCUGGGCUUGGUGGGGCUCCGACUGGACCGCGUCACCAUGGUGGGCGAGACCAAGCUGGAGGUCUUGCGCGGCGAGCCGUUCCCCGGAUGGCUCGAGAUAGUCGAGUCGCUCGACACCUUCUACGGCCGGAAGGGCGCCGAACAGCACAAACUCGAAGCCUUUUGGCGGACCCUCAUCGUGAACACGGCGGGGUACCCGCCCCGGCUCGUCCCGGACGGUGAGUGCUUGGGCGCGUCCUUCGGCAAAUGGUUCCGCGAAACCACUUGCCGUGUCGACGUAGACCGUAACCCGGACGGCCAAGACGGGAACCACAAAUGGCACGCCCUGGCGGAUCGGUUCCGGCAGUCGUUGAACGACCUAUGGGACGCGCAAAGCUGCAGUGCGGCGAGCAUGAGCGAGUUUGUGACGCCCUUCUCGUUGAGUCAGCACCUGCGGCUGUUUAGGACGGCCGAGGGAUACCUCGGGAUCGGGUCCGAGUGUGUUGAAGUCGGGGACUCGGUCUGGAUCGUUCCCGGUUCCUGCGUGCCGUUGCUGUUGAGAGGAGUGCAACACCUUGAACUUGAGCAAGGGCAGUCCUCGAGAGAUAAUAGGCACCGACUGGUCGGCGGGGCAUACGUCCAUGGUGUCAUGGAAGGCGAAGCUGUGUCUCCGUCGGCCAGCGGAAUGACUACCGAAGGGAUCCAGAACUUAAUGGAAACGUUUACGCUUGAAUAGGGUAAGAGAGCGACCAGCCACAUUGCUGCUGCCACAACCAUACUUCGCGAUCAAUAUGCCAUGUUGACAAGCACUUGAGAUGGGUAAUCCAUCUAUCUCCCGUUUUACUGGGCCCCAAGCAGCAAUUAUCAAGUGGCCGAAGGUAGUGCAAAGAAUGUGGAGGCAUACAGAGCAUGAUGUCUUGUCCUGUCAGUGGAGCCAUAACUCGAGUGGUGAUGUUGGACAGCCAACAGCCACGAAUUUAUCGUACCGCAGUAAUUGGGCACUAAAAGAUAGACAGCAACU